GCAACAGCAUCACAGGCUAACGCAGCCUCCCAUCAUGCCAUUAAUCUCCGCCUGUGGACCGUGUGACCGUCGCCCAGGUUGCCUUCAUCCGUCCUGUCACCCGAAGGACUGCGUGUCGGACCGGCUUGAUGUAAUCUCUAGGUGUCCUCUGUAGCGAUGAGACCGACAGAGUGAUAAAGGAGCAUCUCCUCCUAGUGUUUCUUUUUCUCCAGGAGCGGAGCUUGGCUUUCACUCUCCUACCGGCGGAGAUAUGAGGAAUCCACUGGCCGCUUUAGCCCUGACAUUCUGGCUAUUUCUAGAGUGUAUAGAAGCCAAGAAGUACUGCUGGUAUUUCGAAGGCGGAUACCCCAUCUACUUCAUAUGUCGCUCCUAUGAGGACUGCUGUGGGACUCGCUGCUGUGUGAGAGCCCUGUCCAUCCAGAGACUAUGGUACUUCUGGGUGCUGCUGAUGAUGGGUGUUUUGUUCUGCUGCGGUGCUGGCUUUUUCAUCCGCAGGAGAAUGUAUCCGUCCCCUCUGAGGGACGAGCCAGCCUUCAACGUCUCUUUCACCAGGCACCCUGUCACAACACCAGUUUCCCAGCAGCCAGGAGGUAUGCAGGGCUUCGGGGUCAAUGGGAUGACAGGUGGCGACCCAGGGGUUGCCAUGACACACCCGGCUUACCCAGCACAGCCUGGCCCUGCACAUAUGAUGAUGGGCUCCUAUCCUCCACCUCCGUCCUACUGCAACCACCCGCCUCCGCCCUAUGAACAAGUUUUUCAAAACAGCGACAAGAAGUAAUGCCCGCAAAGGACUAAAGAGAUGGAACUUGAUGAGGAGAAAGGGAGUGAAGGAAGAAGGAUAAGCAAGAGGGAAGCCGGUCAACUGUUUUCAACUCUUUGCAGAUGUGACACUUGGAAAACACACAAUGUCUUAUCCUAUGGAAAAGACCCACUGAGGCAGAACAAGUGGAAUCUAGAGGCACAGACAUACACUCGUUCACUCACACGCUGCUUCGUCCGCAGUGCUUCAUUUAUUCUUGGUUUCAUACAGUGAAUGUAACAGCCUUGUUGAACUGAAGCUCGAGGUUUUGGAUUCACCCACUGUCACAUGUCUUACGUCACCCUCCCAAUGCAACCACAGGUAUAGCUGUGCAAAUUAGAACAGAAUAUGUCAGUCAAACUCAUAAUGUAUUAAAGUGCUGGAUGCUGUUUUUCUUUUUCUUGUGUUUUAACUAUUAAGAGAUAUUUUCAUCUGAUCAGCUGAAAAGUGGAAGAAAAUAGACUAAAUGAUGAAAACAUUUUAAAAUCUGUGUACAAAUGAUUCUUGACUUAUUUUCUAUCCAGCAUUUUACUGCAAGAUGGGCUCUUCACCAAAUGAUUUUUUGAUACAGUUUUAAUACAGUAUGUGUAGUCCCAGGGAGGCUACCCAUAGCUACUUAUCUGUCCUGUGCAGCUACAUAGCAAGUAUAGGACUAAAAAAUUGUCAUAUGGCACUAAAAUACUAAAACGAGUGGAAUACCAUCAACCACUUUUUAUUUUAUCUUGAGACAUGAUGUGACAUUGUAGUGACACUGCACUGUAGGACCGUGUACAUACAAAUGUUUAAGUCAAAUUUAAGUAAAUGAGUAAAUACCUGAAAGGACAUACAAGGGUUGGCUGAUAAGUCUGUGACCUACAGUGAGGUAGAAAAUGUCCAUUUCAGAAAACCUGGCGGAUUUAUUUUAUAACAUUCACACACUUGGUUCAGCAGUCGUGGACCAUGCGGAUCCCUCAUUUGCAGAAUUCUUGGACCUCUGGAAGGUGGUCCGCAGCAACAAUAACGUCAUCGUUACUGUCAACAUGACGACCACUGAGCUCCUUCUUCAUCUUGGAGAACAGUUGAACUGCACGUGUGUGGAAUGUGAGCUUCAUAACUCAUUUUAAUGCAGGUGAUCAGGUUAUCAAUCACCCUUCAUGUUGCCAUGAUCAAAGGUAUGUAGUACAGUUGUUACAAUACCAGAAUAUUCAACUGCAGUUCUACAUCAGUUUUAAAAAAUAAAAAGAUUUUCAUUUCAAUACCAUGGCAAAAAGACAAAAAUUCCUCCACACACAAAACCUGCACGUAGUACUGGUACAGAAAGAGUUGCUGUAUACAUUUGGGUGAAAAAUCUGACUGGAGAUCUGUUGUUUAUAGCUUCUAUACUUUCAAUUCUAUCAAAUGCUGAUAUUGUAUUGUUUUAAACAUAUGGUACUGAAAAAGUAUCACUUUUGACAACCCUAUGACAUUGUGAUAUACUGUAUAAAUAAUAGGAAAAGGAAGGAGAGGGUAUGGGUCUGCUGUCUGAUGCUGUAGUGUAUAGGAACUGCAGCAGUGAUCCAUGUCCCUAAUCUGACACCCAGGUCAAUGAGUUGACCUGAGUUGCUGAGUCAUUGAGUGUUAUAUGCCAACAGCCUCCUGCAUCAUGCUGCUUCCCAGAGAGGCUCGAAGCAACUUUUGGAAACUAUUGCUUUGCAACCCCUCUGCUCACACUUAAUGCUUCUGUUUGAUUGUUCACAUAAACUGACUGGAUUUAAUUUAACACGUUGCUGCUUUAGAUUUAUGUUAAGAUAUUUAUUUUUCUUUCUUUGCUGCAACUGACAUCUCAAGUGCAUUAUUGGUAUAAAAUUACUGAUUUAUUUAAUCCAGGAGAAUACCAUCACAUUGUCAUGGUAACACAGUUUUUGCUUGGGCGAAUCUAACCUUAACUGUGAUCCAAAAAGUUUCUUCGGUGCAGUUAUGAAAAAUAUCAAAGGAACAGGAUCCAAACUGGAAUUAGGAGGAGAAACCUGUUACUUACUAAAUCUGCUGUAAAUAAAAGGAUUGUGCAGGGUCUAGCUGCCACUGUGGUGACAAAUAACAAGCACACAGUUUACCUUCCUCCAGACAUUCUUGGCACCUUAAGAUACAUAAGAAAAUACUUGGAGCUGGAGCUGGGAAGCUCACAAUGCAUCACAUUUGGUAGACGUGUGUUUUGGAUGAUACACUAUAUGGACAAAAGUACUGGGACAUCUGACUAUUACACCAACAGGGACUUUAAGGACACUGCAUUUUGAAAACAUACACAUGAAUAUGGAGUUGGUCACCCCUUUACAGCUGUAACAGCUUCCACUCUUCUGCGAAGACUUUCCACAACAUGUUGGAGUG